CUAAUAUAAUUUUUAUUAUAAAUUAUCUUUAAUAAAAUAAUACUAAACUUAUUGAAAUACUUAUAUUCAUUAUGGAUGAAGAUGAGCAACAGUCAAAAGAUGAGGAAGAGCGACGUAGUACUUCGUAUUAUGUGCAAGUUAAAGGCAUUGAUCCAGACCGCAAUGUAAAAAAAUUACGAAAAUUAUUCGGAGUCUCGCACACCAUCCAAAAACAAACAGCACGACGUUUAAGUGUAACUGAUCAGGAGAGAGAAGAGGUUGAACGCAAAAGAUUGCAACAUUUUAAAGAGUUGAGACAACAGCGCAUCUCUUCAUUGGGUGCCAAUCACAGAUAUGUCCUGGAAAUAGUGGCCGAUCUCAUGGGUACUGACACGGAGGAAAUAAUAAUGGGGGCUGUUGACGAUCCGGCAUUUGUUGAUUUAUUAACGGGAAUGUUCGAAAAUGGGGGACCAAGAGCGUGUAUGAUUAGUUAUGCCCCCAUGCAGGGUUAUCCCUCUGAGUCGGGGCGUUAUGUGGAAAGCAUGAAAAGGCAAACUGUCAAACGUACCAUAGUCCUGCGUAGUGAUAAUGUGGCAUUAUACGGAAAAUGGGUAGUGGUAUAUCGCAACAAUAAUAAAAAGAAUGUAGACAAUCGUACAGUAUCAGAGGAUGUGGCCUUGUUUUGUUGGAAUGCUGUAAAGAAAGAUUUGUGUUUAUAUGUGAUUAAAAAUUUUGUAGAUCGUAUACUGACCAGAUCUUUGGAAGCCGUUUCAGAAUUUGGCGUCGCCGAAAUGGAACAAAAAAAUAAAUUUUUCCAUACACUUAAUAUGUUUAAUAUAUUCCUUAAAUCUUCUGAAGCCACAGCCUCGUCCAGAAUUAUCUUUGAAGUUUCUCACGAACUUUUCAAAGGCUUUCUUUUGGUGAAAUUUCAAAUAGAGGCCAGUUCCAAAGAUGUUAAUCGCGUACGUUUAGUUGAGCGUUAUUUUGGCCAAUGGUUGCGACAAAUCCAAGGAAUAUUAGUGGAGGGAAAACAAAUUUUAAGAGAUGCUGCUGAUGUUGGCCCUCUUCAAAUGUUAGUCAAUUGGCGUCGAAUGCUGGCCCGUUAUACGUCCAUUAAGGAAUUUGUUUCAUCACAAGCUUUUAAUAAUCACAAGGCUUGUUUGACUUUGUCAAGAUCCUCGAAACUGUUAAAGAAAUGGGCUGAAAUUGACAAUCAAGUAACGCUGGUUUUAAACGAGGCAAAAGAUAAUGUUCGUUAUAUAACAUCAUUGCAAAAAUUUUGGGAUCCUCUAUACAGAUCUUCGCCAGAUGGUAUCAUUAGCAGUUUGCCAGGCCUCAUGGUAGCCAUACGAAAUGUAUCCAAAACUGCUCAUUACUUUAAUACACCCACAAAUGUAACUGGUCUUUUUGUCAAGAUAUCAAAUCAAUUAACCAUAGUCAGUAAAAAUUAUCUAACCGAUAAUGGUCGCGUAAAUCUGUGGAAACUAGCACCAAAUGAUGUCAUAGAAAAAAUCGAAAAGUGUCGUAAUAUCAUGCAAAGCUAUAAGGAACAAUAUUUUAGCACUUGUCGUGAUAUGGCUGAAUCGAAUGAAAAACCUUGGGUGGUAUCCUCCGUUUAUAUAUUUACGUGUUUAGAAAAAUUUUUAGAACGUUUGGAUAAGAUAAAAACUAUUUUCAAUGUGGAGAUUACCUAUUCGGUUUUAGAUCGCAUACGUAUUAGUGGCAUGGAGAAAUUUAAUGCCAUUAUUAAGGGUGCCAGAGCUACGAUCAGUUCAAAAGCUUAUGAUCCUUUAAAUUAUCGAGUUGAUUUAUUCGAUAAAGAUUACACUAAUUUCAUUAAGGAAUGUGAACAGGCGGAAGUUGGCAUGCAGCAGUUUGUUAAGCAACAGAUUGCCGAUGUCCCCAUAACCGAAUCGGUUAUUUUGAUUUUACAACGCUUUGAACGUUUGAAUUUGGAAUGUUUGUGUUUGGAUCGUAGAUAUUUGGAGGUGGCUGAAAUGUUGGAACGUGAAAUGUUUUUGCUAAAGGAUGUAUACAAUGAAGAACGUGGUAAUCCUUUCAUACCACGCAAUAUGCCACCGGUAGCAGGUCGUAUAAUGUGGAUACGUUCAAUCUUUCAAAAAAUCGAUGAACCCAUGAAGGUUUUAAAGAAACGACCCUGUGUGUUGGCCCACAAAAAAGCCCAAAGAACUGUUCGCUAUUACAAUUAUAUGAAUGGCAUUAUAUGCCACUACGAAAUGACUUACCACAAAGCUUGGUUCGAUUAUUGCGAAGAAGUGCGAUGUUUACUCAAUGCUCCAAUACUUGUAUGCAAUAAACAAUCAGCUGAAUAUAUUGUAAAUCUUGAUCCGUCAAUUAGACAACUGAUCAAAGAAACCGAAUGGAUGUGGAAAUUGAAAUUAGAAGUACCAAAUGUAGCAGCUGUAGUAACAUACUGCAAAGAACGUAUUUUGAAACCAGCCGAGUCUCUGAAAUAUGCCAUACAACGUUUGGAUAAAUUGCGCUUAAAGAUUACACCGGUUUUUAUUAAUAUAAUGCGAUUUCGUUUGCAAGAAAUUUCGUUACUGUUAAAACCCGCAUUAUCAACGGUAACCUGGUUGUCGGAAAAUCUAGAAGAUUUUGUUGAAAGUGUGGAGAGGAAAAUCGAAGAUGUAUCCCUCUUUUAUAAAACCAUUCUCAACAUUGAUGCCAUUAGGAUUGCUAAAGAAAUGGCUUCACUGCAUGAUUAUCUUUACAUGUUCGUUCCCCCAGCACCAGUCACAUCAGAGAAAUUCUACGAAAACUGCAAUAAUUUACGGAUGGAAAUUGAAAAGGAAUUGGAAAAGAAAUCUGUAUGCAUGGAACGAGCAGUUAUCGAUUUGUGUAAUAUGUUUGUGGAACUAUUGGAUUUUGGGACAACCGAUUCAAAGGGUAGACGAGUCUUUCAAUUGCCCCUUGACAAAAUCGAUGAUACUAAUUGGCGUGCCGAAGGACAAAUGCCCAUUGAUAAAUGGGAUUGGAUACAGUUUCAGAAAAUUUAUCGCACAAUUUAUUUGGUGCCGGAAGAUAUACUCAAGACGUUGCAAUUCAAAAACUAUGAAAACAUACGCUAUGAAUUGAAUCAUUUGCGCAAUGAUUGCAUGGAUUUAUUUUCAUUUUAUAAUUCGAAAAUGAUAUCGGCCUUAGUAGGAUGUUCAAAGAGAUCUUUGGAUUAUGUUCGUCAUAAUAUUUUGAGAACUAAUUGGCGCACAGAUCCUCAGCCGCCGAUUUUGUAUACCGAAUUAGAUAUUGAUUUAGAAAGUGGCUGCCACAUUGAGCCGAAUAUGGAAGUUAUGCAAACUGAUUUCCAUCGUGCUGUUUUGAAUUGUACAGAAAUAAAUUAUUUCGUGACUACGUGGGGUAAACAGGCCAAAACACAUGAAAGACGUUUAAGGCGUGUUACAGUAGAUGAAAAUCGUUACGAACGCAACUAUUUUCGCUAUGUUAUCGAACAUAAGGAUAUUAUGAGAGCAAUUCAAAAUCUCGCUAACGGCUUGAUGAUGUUUAAACAGGAUAUCGACGAUUAUCUUAAAUAUAUUUUUGAUAAAUAUAAAUAUUUAUGGGUCUCCAAUCGUGACAAGAUUAUACAAGAAUUCGUAAAUACGAAUCCAUUAACUGUAGAUAUACGCGAUAAAUUCAUUUAUUAUGAUAAUAUUACCAGCGAAUUGGAGGAAGGUAAAAAGAGACAUUGUAUUGGACCAAUUCAAUUGAGAAUGGAAAAAGCUUUUGACAAGUUUGUGGAAGAAUCAAAAAAAUGGAAAACAUUAUGUGGCCAAUUGUUAAGUGCUCAAUAUAAGAAACAAUUGGAUGAGAUGGUGGACUUUAUAUCCGAACAAGAAAAUAUUUUAUCGAAGCCUAUCAAUGAUUUAGAUGAUGUUCGUUUGGCCAUGUUGUGUUUGGAGAAAAUUCGAGAUAAUUUUAUACAAAUGGACAUGCAUUUGGGUGUUAUAACCGAUGCGUAUGCAUUAUUUUCCCAGUUUAAUAUUUAUGUGCCUCAAGAUGACUAUGAUAAAGUGGAUAGUUUGCAGUUAUCGUUUAACAAAAUGUUGGAAAACGCCAAAAAAGUAUCAGAUCGCAUAUCCCAAAUGGAGGGUCCAUUGCUUAAAGAACUCAAUGAUGGUAUUGCUUUGUUUGUUCAAGAAUUUGAUCAAUUUAAUGCCGACUUCGAAGCCAAUGGCCCCAUGGUUGAGGGUAUUUCAGCCAAAGAAGCCAGUGAUCGUGUGUUUCUGUUCCAAAAUCGCUUUGAUGAACUGUGGCGCAAAUAUGAAAUGUAUAGCAGUGGUGAAAAAUUAUUUGGUCUACCCAUUAACGAAUACCCUCUAUUACAUCAGCGCAAGCGUGAAUUCAACUACUUGAAUCGUUUGUAUUCUUUGUACAUACAAGUGUUGAAAACAAUUUCCGAUUACUACGAAAUGUCUUGGGCCGAGGUGGAUAUUGAAAAGAUCAGUUCUGAAUUGGCUGAUUUUCAAGUUAGAUGUCGUAAAUUACCAAAAGGCAUGCAAACGUGGCCAGCUUUCAUUGAUUUGAAGACAAAAAUUGAUGACUUCAAUGAAACGUGUCCUCUGCUAGAACUAAUGACCAAUAAGGCCAUGAAAGAACGUCAUUGGGUGCGUUUAAAUGCUCUACUUAAAUCUGACUUUGAUCCCACUAGUAUUAAGUUUACUUUGGGCAAACUUUUGGAAGCUCCCAUUCUGAAGCAUAAAGAAGAUGUGGAAGACAUUUGUGUGGGUGCCAGCAAGGAAUUGGAUAUUGAGGCAAAACUGAAACAAGUUAUAGCUGAUUGGUCGGUGGUCAACGUACAACUGGGCAUGUUCAAAACACGUGGUGAAUUAGUUUUGAAAGGAGCUGAGACCUUGGAAAUUAUUGCUUCUUUAGAAGACAGUAUAAUGGUUAUGAAUUCAUUGUCAUCUAAUCGCUAUAAUGCUCCCUUUAAGAAAGAAAUCCAAUUGUGGCUUAGUAAAUUGGUUAAUACCGGUGAAAUUCUAGAGAAAUGGUUAAUUGUCCAGAAUUUAUGGAUAUAUUUGGAGGCGGUCUUUGUGGGCGGUGACAUAGCCAAACAACUACCUUUGGAAGCUAAGCGAUUUAGCAACAUCGAUAAAAACUAUGUUAAGAUAAUGUAUAGAGCUCGUGAAAUUCCAAAUGCCGUUGAAUGUUGUACGGGUGAUGAGAGUUUGGCUAAUGCUUUGAAUUGGUUGUUGGAGCAAUUGGAGACAUGUCAGAAAUCAUUGACGGGAUAUUUGGAAUCAAAACGAUUAUUGUUCCCCCGAUUUUUCUUCGUAUCAGAUCCAGUACUAUUGGAAAUUUUGGGACAAGCCUCAGAUCCCACAUCUAUACAGCCACAUUUGUUGAGCAUUUUUGAUGCUGUAGCGUAUGUUGAUUUUCAAGAAAAGACGAACGAUGUUAUUGUAGCUCUAAAUUCGGCAAAUCAUGAACAAAUUCAAUUGGAGAAUCCUGUUCAAUGUGCCGGUAGUGUUGAACUCUGGUUGAAUCGAUUACUAAAAGAAAUGCAGGAUACCAUGCGUACGAUAUUGGCGGGAAUGGCAGUUAGCUUAAAUGAUCCAGAGUUCAAUUUUGCCGAAGAGUUUCCCUCAUUUUGUGGUCAAGCCGGUAUAAUUGGUGUACAAUUGUAUUGGACCAAAGACGCUGAAUAUGCAUUAAGAAAAUGUCGUUCCGACAAGACAAUCAUGAAACGAACAAAUAUCAAAUUUUUAAAUCUAUUAAAUCACUUUAUUGAUUUGACCGUAAAAGAUUUGACGGCUUUAGAUCGUAUACGUUUCGAAACUAUGGUGACCAUACAUGUUCAUCAGAGAGAUAUUUUUGAUGAUCUAUGCCAAAUGCGCAUACGGACGGCAAGUGAUUUUGAAUGGCAAAAACAAGCCCGCUUUUAUUAUAAUGAAGAUAAUGAUGAUGUUAUAGUUGGUAUAACUGAUGUUAACUUUAUAUAUCAAAAUGAAUAUUUGGGUGUCACAGAACGAUUGGCUAUAACACCUUUAACCGAUCGUUGUUAUAUAACAUUGGCUCAAGCUAUAGGUAUGUCUAUGGGUGGUGCUCCGGCAGGACCAGCCGGUACCGGUAAAACGGAGACUACUAAAGAUAUGGGUCGUGCUUUGGGCAAGUUAGUGGUGGUAUUUAAUUGCUCCGAUCAAAUGGAUUUCAGAGGCUUAGGUCGUAUCUACAAAGGCUUAGCCCAGUCCGGAUCAUGGGGUUGUUUUGAUGAAUUUAAUCGUAUAGAGCUACCAGUGUUAUCAGUAGCAGCUCAACAGAUUUACAUUGUCCUGACGGCACGCCGAGAAAAGCGCACUUCAUUUAUAUUUAGUGAUGGUGAUUUGGUUACUUUGAAUCCGGAAUUUGGCCUUUUUAUAACCAUGAAUCCUGGCUAUGCUGGUCGUCAAGAACUACCCGAAAAUUUAAAGAUUAUGUUCCGUUCAGUGGCAAUGAUGGUGCCAGAUCGUGCUAUCAUCAUACGUGUUAAAUUGGCCAGUUGUGGCUUUAAAGAUAAUUUGGUGUUGUCACGUAAAUUCUUUACCCUUUACAAACUAUGUGAAGAGCAGUUAUCUAAACAAGUUCAUUACGAUUUUGGUCUUCGAAACAUACUGUCAGUAUUGCGUACUUUAGGUGCCCAAAAACGUGCUAAUCCCACUGAUACUGAAGAGACUAUAGUCAUGAGAGUUUUAAGAGACAUGAAUGUCUCUAAACUAAUAGAUGAGGAUGAGGGACUAUUUCUAUCUCUAAUCGAAGACAUGUUUCCGGGUAUUAAACUCACCACGAAUACAUACAAGGAAUUACAGAGAGCUUUAGUUAAAAUAACCGAAGAAUUGGGUUAUGUUAAUAAUCCUGAAUGGAACUUAAAAGUGGUACAGCUGUAUGAAACCUCUCUGGUCAGACAUGGUUUAAUGUUAAUGGGUCCCACGGGAUCGGGCAAAACCAGUUGCACAGUUGCCAUGCUAAAAUGUUUUACAGAAAUGGGUCGUCCCCACAAGGAGAUGCGAAUGAAUCCUAAAGCCAUAACUGCUCCCCAAAUGUUUGGUCGCCUAGAUGUAGCCACCAAUGAUUGGACUGACGGCAUUUUUUCCACCUUAUGGAGACGUUCACUUAAAGUUCCCAAACAUCAAAACACAUGGAUUGUUUUGGACGGUCCGGUUGAUGCUGUCUGGAUUGAAAAUCUAAAUUCCGUCUUGGAUGACAAUAAGACAUUAACACUGGCGAAUGGUGAUCGUAUUAAAAUGGCAGAAAAUUCAAAGUUGGUAUUCGAACCGGAUAAUGUAGAUAAUGCAUCACCGGCCACUGUUUCGCGGGUGGGUAUGACUUUUAUGAGUUCAUCGGUAUUAAAAUGGACUAUUUAUAUGGAAGCAUGGGUUCGACGACAACCCGCUUUUGAACAAGAUAUAUUUAGAAAAUCUUUUGCGGCUAUAUACGAUGAGGCUCAUACUUUUCUGCAAACUAAACUUAUGGCCAAAAUGCGGAUCUUGGAGGCAAUAUAUAUAAAACAAAUUUUAGAAAUACUUGAUGGUUUAUUAGCCGAUUGUAGCAAUAGAUCAGAAAAAUACUUGGAACGUACAUUCCUGUUUGCUAUGAUGUGGACUUUAGGUGCGGUGUUGGAGAUUAAUGAACGUGACAAACUGGAAGAGUUCCUACUUAAACAUCCAUCUAAAAUGAAAUGGCCAAAGAAGCUACCAACUGAAACCAUAUUUGAAUACUAUGUGGAUGAUAGUGGCAAUUGGCAACAUUGGAAUACGCGUGUAGAAAGUUUUAUAUAUCCUGAAGAUAGUAUACCGGAAUUUGCUUCGAUUUUGGUACCGAAUGUGGACAAUGUUCGCACCGCAUUUCUAAUGCACAAUAUUGCCAAACAACGUAAACAGGUUUUGUUAAUUGGGGAACAGGGUACGGCCAAGACGGUCAUGAUAAAGGGUUAUAUGUCAAACUAUGAUCCUGAGGUGCAUUUGUAUAAAUCCUUUAACUUUUCAUCGGCCACUACACCCAACAUGUAUCAGCGUAUUAUUGAAUCAUAUGUGGAAAAACGUGUGGGUACAACCUAUGGCCCUCCCGGUCAAAGGUCCAUGACUAUAUUCAUAGACGAUAUCAAUAUGCCAGUAAUAAAUGCCUGGGGCGACCAAAUUACUAAUGAAAUUGUGCGACAAAUGAUUGAACAACAUGGUUUCUAUUCUUUGGAGAAACCGGGUGACUUUUCCACCAUUUUGGAUAUACAAAUAUUAGCAGCUAUGAUACACCCAGGCGGAGGUCGUAAUGACAUACCAAAUCGCUUGAAACGUCAUAUGUCCAUAUUUAAUUGUACUUUGCCCAGUAAUAAUUCUAUGGAUCAAAUUUUCAGUCAAAUUGGCACCGGUUAUUUUUGUUUGGCCCGCUUUGCCGAGGAAGUCGUAGAUGUUGUGCCUCUUUUAGUACCCUUGACACGUAUUUUCUGGCAAAAUAUUAAGGUCAAAAUGUUGCCCACACCUUCAAAUUUCCAUUAUGUUUUUAAUUUACGCGAUUUGUCCCGCAUUUGGGAGGGUAUUUUGAAAGUGGCACCAGAAGAAUGCCAAACAGUGUUGGAUGUAUUGAAAUUGUGGCGCCACGAGUGCACACGGGUUAUAGCCGAUCGUUUUACGGAUUAUAAAGAUACCAUUUGGUUCAUAGAUCGCAUGAAGAAAGAUGCAAAAUCACAUUUGGCUGAAUAUUGGGAAGAAUUCCCAGAGGAUGAAACUUUCUUUGUAGAUUUUCUAAGAGAUCCACCAGAUGCCGGAGAAGAUGAUGAAGAUGUUUCAUUAGAACCUCCGAAGAUUUAUGAAGAAAUUCCAAGCAUGGACACUGUUAAAAAUCGCAUAUUUUGGUAUAUGGGCCAAUUCAAUGAAUAUGUUCGAGGUUUUCAUUUGGACAUGGUGUUAUUUCACGAUGCUUUAGUUCAUUUGAUGAUCGUGUCACGUAUUAUCAGUAUGCCAAGGGGCAAUGCUUUGUUGGUGGGUGUGGGUGGUUCUGGAAAACAAAGUUUAACCCGUUUGGCCUCCUUUAUAGCUGGAUAUAAGUUUUUCCAAAUAACUCUGACUCGAGCCUAUAAUGCCGGUAAUUUAGUGGAUGACUUGAAGUAUUUAUAUCGUACUGCGGGUUUGGAAGGUCAGGGCAUAACGUUUAUAUUUACCGAUAAUGAAAUCAAAGAUGAGGGUUUCUUGGAAUACAUAAAUAACAUAUUGAGUUCUGGAGAAAUAGCUAAUCUAUUUGCCAAAGAUGAAAUGGAUGAAAUUUACAACGAAAUUAUACCCGUCAUGAAAAAAGUACAGCCUAGAAGGCCACCAACUCAAGAUAAUCUUUAUGAUUUCUUUAUAUCUAGAGCUCGUUCAAACCUGCAUGUUGCUUUGUGCUUUUCCCCAAUUGGUGAAAAGUUUCGGGCACGUUCCUUGAAAUUUCCGGGUUUAAUAUCUGGUUGUGUAAUUGAUUGGUUCCAAAAGUGGCCUGAAGAUGCACGAGUUGCUGUGUCACGCCAUUAUCUAGAGAAUUUCGAAGUUAUCUGUUCGGAUGAGGUCAAAGAGCAAAUCAUCGAAAUUAUGAGCUGGAUACAUGAAACUGUUUCCGAAGCGUGCAUUUCCUAUUUCGAUAGAUUCCGUAGAACUACGUUUGUAACUCCCAAGUCAUUGAUUUCAUUUUUGGAGAGUUAUAAAAAGCUUUACAAGGAUAAGCAGGUCAAUAUUGUGGUGUUAUCCGAAAGAAUGUCGUCUGGUUUGGACAAACUAGAUGAAGCGGGAGCAUCAGUAUCUGUAUUGAAAAAGGAAUUAGUUGAAAUGAAUAAGGUGAUUGUAGUGGCUACCGAGGAAGCAGAGGUGGUAUUACAAACUGUUGCUGAGUCGACAGCAGCCGCAGAAAUAAUUAAAACCCAAGUGGCGGAGAAAAAAGCCCAGGCUGGAGAAUUGGUGAAAUUGAUAUCCGCCGACAAAGAAGUAGCUGAGGCAAAGUUGGAAAAGGCUAGACCAGCUUUGGAAGAAGCUGAAGCGGCUCUAAAGACUAUUAAAGCUGCUGACAUUGCCACGGUGCGUAAGUUGGGUAAACCACCCUAUUUGAUUACCUUGAUCAUGGAUUGUGUGUGCAUAUUGUUCCGCAAGCGCAUAAAAUCGGUUAAACCCGAUAUGGAGAAGCAAUUUUUACAGAGUUCUUGGGAGGAGUCGCUUAAAGUAAUGUCAGACACCAGUUUCCUACGAAAAAUUGUGGAAUAUCCUACAGAUGUUAUAAAUGCUGAAAUGGUAGACUUAAUGUUUCCCUAUUUUAAUUAUAGUUUGUAUACUUUCGAAGCCGCUAAAGUGGCUUGUGGUAAUGUGGCCGGUUUAUUAUCCUGGACCAUAGCCAUGGGUAAAUACUUUGAAGUCAAUAAAGAAGUAUUACCCCUUAAGGCGAAUUUGGCUAUCCAAGCGGCCAAAUACGCCAAGGCCUCCAGUGAUUUACAGGAAGCCGAAGACCUAUUUGCGGCCAAAGAACGAGAACUAGCCAAAGUCCAGCAACAAUUUGACGAAGCAAUUUCUAAGAAAAAUGCUGUCCUUUCAGAGGCUAAAAAAUGUCAAGACAAAAUGGAUGCCGCUACUGCUCUUAUCAGUGGUUUGGCUGGAGAGAAAAUUCGAUGGACUGAGCAAAUUGCUCAAUUUAAAAGUGAAACAGAGCGUCUGGUCGGCGACUCUAUUUUAUUGACUGCCUUUUUAUCCUAUACCGGACCUUUCAAUCAAGAGUUUCGUAAUGAUUUACAAGCGCAAUGGUUAAAACAAAUUUUUGAGCGCUUAAUACCCAUAUCGGUGAACUUAAAUAUCAUAGACAGUCUAACCGAUCGCACUCAAAUUGGAGAAUGGAAUCUUCAAGGCUUACCCACCGAUGAAUUAUCAAUACAAAAUGGUAUUAUAGCUACCAAAGCCGUAAGAUUUCCCUUGCUGAUCGAUCCUCAGUCUCAGGGUAAAGCCUGGAUUAAGAAUAAGGAAAAGGAGAAUGGUUUAAUUGUAACCAAUUUGUCACAUCGUUAUUUCCGCACGCAUAUAGAGGAUGCCGUUAGUAUGGGUAUGCCCGUAAUCAUAGAAGAUGUGGGCGAAGAAUUGGAUCCUUGUUUGGACAAUGUGUUGGAUCGCAAUCUCUUGAAAGUGGGUACUACGUUUAAAAUCAAACUAGGUGACAAAGAAAUUGACUAUAAUGCGGCUUUCCGUUGUUAUAUAACCACAAAAUUGCCCAAUCCUUCAUAUACACCCGAAGUUUCAGCACGCACUUCCAUCAUAGAUUUUACUGUAACCAUGAAAGGUUUAGAAGAUCAAUUGCUGGGCAGAGUUAUCCUAACGGAGCGCAAGGAACUCGAAGAAGAACGUACAAAUCUGGUGGAAACUGUAACGGGAAAUAUGAAGAAAAUGAAGGAAUUGGAAGCCAAUUUACUGCAUAAGCUGUCAACCACCCAGGGCAGUCUGUUGGAUGAUGUUACCGUCAUAGAGGUGCUGAAUACCAGUAAAAACACGGCCAUCGAAGUUAACGAAAAAUUGGAAAUUGCCAAAAUAACCGAAGCUAAAAUUAAUAUAGCACGUGAGGAAUAUCGUCCCGUGGCUACACGUGGAAGCGUUUUGUAUUUUUUGGUUUGCACCAUGGCCAAAGUGAAUAUGAUGUAUCAGACGUCGUUGGUCCAGUUUCUAGAUCGUUUCGAUGCCAGCAUGCAUGAGUCGGCCAAAACUCAUAUAACGCAAAAGCGUAUUAAGCGCAUAAUAGCCUAUUUAACCUUUGAGAUAUAUAGGUAUAAAUCGCGGGGACUUUAUGAAAAAGAUAAGUUCUUAUUUGUCUUGCUAAUCGCACUAAACAUAGAUCGUCAAAUGGAUUUGGUGAGCUAUGAAGAAUUUCAAAAUUUUAUUAAGGGCGGAGCAGCCUUAAAUCUAAAUGAUUGUCCUGCGGUACCUUUUAAAUGGAUUACAGAUGAAACUUGGUUGAAUUUGGUACAAUUAUCGAAUUUGGGUCCAUUUGUUCAUAUUUUGAAUAAGGUUUCGAACAACGAACGGGCAUGGUUGCAUUGGUACAAGAAAGACUGUCCUGAGAAUGAAACUAUACCAGAUGGUUAUAAUGCACUGGAUCCUUUUCGCAAACUUUUGUUGCUGCGUUCGUGGUGCACGGAUCGUACUUUAUCGCAAAGCCGUAAAUAUAUAGCCAGUUCUUUGGGAGAACGGUUUGCGGAGCCGGUUAUUUUAAGUUUUGAUGCAUUAUUGACCGAAAGUAAACCUCUUAUACCCAUAGUUUGUUUUCUUUCCAUGGGUUCUGAUCCCUCAUCGAACAUAGAAGCUUUGGCCAAGAAAAAUGAACUCAAAUGUUAUCCUAUUUCAAUGGGCCAGGGCCAGGAAAUUCAUGCUCGUAAGUUAGUGGCCACAUGCUUGGAAGAAGGUGGCUGGGUUUUGCUACAAAACUGUCACUUGGGUUUAGAAUACAUGCACGAACUUACUCUGCUGCUACUUGAUCUGGAAAGAGUUGAUGAAUCUUCGUAUAGUCCUAAUUUUAGGGUUUGGAUUACUACAGAGCCCCAUGAGGGCUUUUCCAUAACAUUGUUGCAAAUGUCUUUAAAAUUUACCAAUGAACCACCGGCUGGCAUAAGAGCAGGUCUCAAGAGAACCUAUAGCAAUUUAUCUCAAGAUUUCUUGGAUUAUUCACAAUCGGUGUAUUAUCAUCCCUUGGUAUUUGCCAUAUCAUUCCUACAUUCAGUGGUUCAAGAACGUCGUAAAUUCGGUCCGUUGGGCUGGAAUAUCCCCUAUGAAUUUAAUUCGGCCGAUUGGUAUGCCAGUUGUUUGUUCGUGCAAAACCAUUUAGAUGAUUUGGAACCGGGCAAGGGCAUUAGUUGGAAUACUGUACGUUAUAUGUUGGGUGAGGUUCAGUAUGGUGGUCGAGUUACCGACGAUUAUGACAAACGUUUGCUAAAUACAUUUGGACGUGUCUGGUUCCAUGACCAUCUCUUUUCCGAAACUUUUGAGUUCUUUAAAGGCUACAAAGUUUUGUGUUUUAAAGAACAAGAAGCUUAUUUGGCUGCCAUAGAAGAAUUGCCCAAUAUUGAUCCCCCGCAAGUGUAUGGUUUUCAUUCGAAUGCCGAAAUCACUUAUCAAACAAAUACAACUCGAUCAAUUUUGGAUACGAUUAUAUCAAUACAGCCUAAGGAAUCUUCAAGUGGCGGUGGAGAAACUCGUGAGGAUAAGGUAGCUCGUCAGGUUAGAGAAAUGCAAAGUAAAGCUCCUGCACCUUAUGAUCUAUUUGAGGUCAAAGAACGUUUAAGAGCCAUGGGAGCCCUCAGUUCAAUGAAUAUUUUCCUUCGGCAAGAAAUUGAUCGUAUGCAAAAGAUCAUAAUAUUGGUUAGAUCCACACUUAAAGACCUUCUUUUGGCUAUCGAGGGCACCAUCAUUAUGAGUGAACAAUUGAGAGAUGCUUUGGAUAACAUAUUCAAUGCCCGUGUACCGGGGGUAUGGCUAAGAGGCAGUUGGGCUUCAUCAACUUUAGGUUUUUGGUUUACCGAGCUGCUGGAAAGAAACGCUCAAUUCUAUUCCUGGUGUUUUGGUUGUCGACCUGUGGUAUUUUGGAUGUCGGGAUUUUUUAAUCCUCAAGGAUUUUUGACUGCCAUGAAACAGGAAGUGGCACGUGCCCACAAUGGCUGGGCUUUGGAUCAGGUCUCAAUGACAAACGAAGUUUUGAAAGUAGGCAGUGAUGAGUGUAAGAAACCCCCUAAAGAGGGUAUUUAUGUUCACGGUCUCUAUUUGGAUGGUGCUGGUUGGGAUCGUAAAACAGCACGUUUAAUUGAAUCCACGAACAAGGUGUUGUAUGUUUUAAUGCCGGUUGUACAUAUAUCGGCUAUAAAUUCAACAGCCCCCAAGAGUCCCAAGCUAUAUACGUGCCCUGUUUAUAAGAAAAUAAAUCGCACUGAUUUGAACUACAUUUCACCAUUAUGGUUAAAUACGCUGAAAAAUCCUGAUCAUUGGAUAGUACGAGGUGUUGCCUUACUGUGUGAUAUUAAAUAGAAAUUUUUUGUUUUU